CAUUCAAUUGAGCUGGUACCUACUUACCGAGUAUUUACGUGCAGUUAUCUCAAUUAAAUACCCUCUACAUAAAUGGAUAAGAGUUAUUUUGCUUGCUUUAUCAUAUUUAUAGUUUUUACGUGUGAAUCACGUGGUAGUAAAGACAUGGUUGAGAAGAGAUGGGCCAACUUCAUGACGCUUACAGCAAAUCAAGUCUUUGUAAAGAUAACUCCACAUCACUUCAAAUACUUUGUAAUGCCACCUCGUAACUAUUCAUUGAUGGUAAUGUUCACUAAUUCAAACCAAAAGUGUUUAUUAUGUCAGAGAUUAAUCACAGAAUUUAAUGUUGUGGUUAAUUCGUAUAAAUAUUUGAAAGAGAAGAAUGAUGGAUUGUUCUUUGCUAUAGUUGAAGCAGACAAAACAAUGAGCGGAGGGGUUAAGUCCAACCGGAUUCCUGAAAUAACUUAUUUUUCUGCCGAUGAAGACUUAACACACUCAAUGGUUUUGAGGGACGAUAGUAAUGCGGAAGACAUUGCUGAUUGGAUUCUCCAAGUUACAUCUAUACCGAUCAACAUCACUUAUCCGUACGGCCACGGUUUAGUUAUCAAUAGCACACACGUUACUAUGCUGUUUCUUUUUGGAUUAUUUGGUGUUUUGUACUACAAGAGACUCUUCAAUAUUAGCUGUAUGGUCUACGGGGCUGUUGGCUUUUGCCAGGUCCUCAGUGCUGGUCACAUGUGGAACUACAUAAAGAAGGCUCCAUUCUUAGACUGGAGUAGCUAUCCUCCCGCUUUUUUACAUCCUUCGCACAUGAUGCAGUAUUUAACGGAGUCUAUCAUUAUAACCGUGUUGUAUGGUAUAUUUGCCGGUGGUAUGAUUCUUAUUAUAGAAGGGCUCAAGCAGAAUCACGGUAGUCACACUACAGAAGACAAUGCUAGGAAUAGCGAGAAACCUUCAGGCUUAAAGCCCAUGACCAAGUGCUCUGUGGGUGUUAAAUUAGUUAUGUUUUCCUUCUUGUUUGUGUUAGUUAUGUUCAUUGGAAAAAAAUAUUAAUGAAAACAACCGAGUUUAUUAUUUU